CUCUUUUUUGGAUGGAUGGGUCACGUUUGGCGUUUGAUUGUGGUCGAGACGUGCCGAUUUCGAUAUAGAAAAAAACCAAACAACGAGGGAAAGAAAACGUCGCGCGAUUCCCGACGAACGAGGUCGCAGCGGCUUAGCCGUCUCGUUACAUCUAUUCAGCAGGGGACGUUAACCAUAAAAAUGUCUGGUAGACGAAAGAAGCCGGGCCUCAAAAUCGUGAUGCAGAAAGAAACUGCGCCCAUCGUGCCGCCGCGGAAUUUGGAUUCCCGGACCACGAUAACCAUAUGCGACCGCACUUUCGACGUCGAAGCGGACGAUCUCGAGAAGAUUUGCGACCUCGGCCGCGGCGCUUACGGCAUCGUCGAGAAGAUGAGGCACCUACCGAGCGGUACAAUUAUGGCAGUGAAGCGGAUAACGGCCACCGUAAAUUCUCAGGAACAAAAAAGACUACUGAUGGACUUGGAUAUAUCUAUGCGGAGCAGCGAUUGCUUGUACACGGUCCAGUUUUAUGGCGCCUUGUUCCGCGAGGGGGACGUUUGGAUAUGCAUGGAGGUUAUGGACGCUAGCUUGGACAAGUUUUACGUCAAAGUGUAUAGGAACGGCCGGAAAAUCCCCGAGUUUGUGCUGGGAAAGAUAGCGUUCGCGGUGGUGAGCGCCCUGCACUAUUUAUAUUCGAGACUGAGGGUGAUCCAUCGCGACGUCAAACCCUCAAACAUUUUGGUGAAUCGGCAGGGUGAGGUGAAAAUGUGCGAUUUCGGCAUUAGCGGCUAUCUGGUGGAUUCCGUGGCGAAAACGAUCGACGCGGGAUGCAAGCCAUACAUGGCGCCCGAACGGAUAGACCCCCAGGGUAACCCUUCCCAGUACGACAUAAGGUCGGACGUGUGGUCCUUGGGGAUCUCGCUGCUCGAGCUCGCCACCGGGGCGUUCCCCUACAACAAAUGGGGCACCCCGUUCGAGCAGCUCAAGCAGGUGGUGACGGACGACCCGCCCCGGUUGCCGUCCGAUGGUCAAUUUACAGCAGACUUCGAAGACUUUAUCGUCAAGUGUUUGCAGAAGAAAUACAUGGACAGGUGGAACUACGAUCAGCUGCUGCAGCACCAGUUUCUGACGAAGCACCGCGACCUCGACUCGGACAUUUCGGGAUUUAUCGGGGAGGUGCUCGACCUGCCGGACAAUCCCUGAGACUCGUGCAUCGUUUUUUAGGUUUUUCAUACGGGGGCGGGGCGUUUGUGUCGCCGAAAGACUGAAAAAAAAAUCGAAGGAAUCGCCGACCCUCGCGACGUGUCAAUAUCCAAUUCUAUGGGAAAUAACUUAGUCGAUUCUAGUCGGAGAGUAGACGUUUUGGUUUUUGAAAAAAAAAAUAGGAUUUAUUUACUAACAACGUCCAUAUGCCUAGUUGUAUUGUGUUAAGUUUAGUUUUGAAAAUACAUCACGGAAUAUUUUAGUAAAAUUGAAGUUUCCUUCCUUCGGGUAAUAAAAAUUUUCACCGACUUUGCGCA